AUGUCCGUACCAGUAUGGUCUCAGCUGAAAAGGGGUGUCGGUGUGAAUAUUGAACUCAAGGCAGACCAGCCUACAGGCAAGCUGACAACAGGCUAUGUCGGACAGCUUCUCGGAAGUGGCAACCACCCCAGGGGGAUCAAAGUGCGCUUGAUGGAUGGUCAAGUGGGGCGAGUCAAGUCAUUAACUUCACUGCCUCCUAUAGAUAUCAAGUCGGACACCCCUGACGAGGUAACGUUAUUCGAGAGACAGUUUGGCAAAGCCAUGGGUAAGCAGGACGGAAGAAGAAAAAGUAGAGAGGAAUAUAGAAUGCAACAUGACUACAGAGAAGACGAGACUGCGCCUGAUGCAAGAAAUCUAGAAGAUUACAUCGUCGUGAAGCCAAAGAAGACGAAUAAGAAGAGUAGACCUGCUUCGCAACCAGUCAAUACUCAAGCGCAAGAUGUUUCCGCCCAAGAUAUGAUGGAACAAGAAUUUCCAUCCUUGGACUCGACCCUCAUAGCGGCUACUUUGUCUGAGCAUUCGACCAUCGAAGCAGCAAGACAGACCUUUCGAGCCUUGACUUGA